UCAAACUCUACGGUUUUGGGCGUCAGUGUCACACCAGUGGUGGCAGAGCUCGGCCAUUACAGCAGCACCUCACAAUUCCAAACCCCCCCAAAUAACAACACAACACUUUGGAUUAUCCAAACCCCCAAAUUAGGGCUUCUACCUCCAAUCCCUAACUUCCUGGUCCAGAAAUCAGGUUUGGGAAUGAGAGAAACAAAAAGCCAACAACUUUGAAUCCCUGCUCUUCCUUCAAUUCGAGACAAAGGGUAUGCUUUACUUGACGUGAAUUUUACUUUACAGCAAUGGAAGCCCACCUAAUUUUCUAGGGUAUUAGUUUGGUUUUCUCUGGAUUGAGUUGUAUUGGGGAUUUGGGUGAAGAAGAUGGCCUCUGCUCAGGGCCUUGCUUCGUUGACCCAGACGUGUUUUGCAGUUAAACGGUACCGUUUUAGCGGUUCAAAGGGGUUUUCAGCAAAUUCUUGUGCUAGGGUUUGUUCUGUAAUCUGCAAACGGCAGAAUACCAACUUUGUGGUUGUGAAAUCGAGUAAAGUUCGUGACUUUAGGAUUUUUAAAUCGGUUCAGUUGGACCAGUUUGUGACUAGUGACGAUGAGGAUGAGAUGGGUGAGAGUUUCUUUGAGGCAAUUGAGGAGUUAGAGAGGAUGAGAAGGGAGCCGUCUGAUGUUCUUGAGGAAAUGAAUGACCGGUUAUCGGCGAGAGAGCUACAGCUUGUGUUGGUGUAUUUUUCGCAGGAGGGUAGGGACUCGUGGUGUGCACUUGAGGUGUUUGAGUGGCUCCGGAAGGAGAACCGGGUCGAUAAGGAGACCAUGGAGCUUAUGGUUUCGAUAAUGUGUGGUUGGUUGAAGAGGUUGAUUGAGGAGGGGAAUGAUGUCGCUGAUGUGAUUGACCUUCUGGUGGAUGUGGAUUGUGUUGGUUUGAAGCCGAGUUUUAGCAUGAUGGAGAAGGUGAUUUCGUUGUAUUGGGAGAUGGGGGAGAAGGAGAAUGCGGUUUUGUUUGUGAAAGAAGUGUUGAAACGCGGGAUUGUGUAUUCUGAGGAGGAUGAUAGAGAUGGACAUAAAGGAGGACCAACUGGGUAUCUUGCUUGGAAGAUGAUGGUUGACGGUAACUAUAGGGAUUCAGUGAAGUUUGUAAUUCAACUAAGAGAAUCUGGGUUGAAGCCAGAGGUUUACAGCUACCUCAUUGCAAUGACAGCUGUGGUUAAAGAACUAAAUGAGCUUGGGAAAGCUUUACGCAAGUUGAAAGCUCUUACAAGGGCUGGGCUAGUGGCUGAGUUUGAUUCAGAAGAUGUUGGGCUAAUUGAGAAGUAUCAGUCAGAUCUUCUAGCUGAUGGAUUACAAUUGUCUAAUUGGGUGAUUCAAGAGGGAAGUUCUUCACUCUGUGGGGUGGUUCAUGAGAGGCUUCUGGCUAUGUAUAUCUGUUCUGGACGUGGACUUGAGGCCGAAAGACAGUUGUGGGAAAUGAAGCUUGUGGGUAAAGAGCCUGAUGGGGACCUUUAUGACAUUGUUUUAGCCAUCUGUGCUUCCCGCAAGGAAACCAGUGCCAUUGCAAGGUUGCUUACUAGGACAGAGGUUAGCAGCUCUUUAUGUAAGAAGAAAAGCCUCUCAUGGCUGUUAAGAGGUUACAUUAAAGGAGGACAUUUUGAUGAUGCUGCAGAAACAGUAAUUAAAAUGCUUGAUUUGGGUUUGUUCCCUGAGUAUUUGGAUAGAGCAGCUGUGUUGCAUGGACUACGGAAAAGGAUUCAACAGUCUGGUACUGUAGAUACUUAUCUCAAACUUUGCAAGCACCUUUCAGAUGCCAAUUUGAUUGAAUCCUGUCUCGUAUAUCUGUAUAUAAAGAAACAUAAGCUCUGGAUCAUAAAGACGGUCUAGAGAAUUGGCAAGAAGUUAACAGAUUUGGUGAAUAUUGAAGUAUAGUCUUGUGGGUCAAUAUUUAUAGCACAAGCACCUAUAGUCGUGGUGCUUUUUACAUGUUGAUUUUGUAUAGUUAUGGGAGGCCUCAAGCUUUGACCUGGUCAAAACCUAGAGGCCGAUAAACUGCGAUGUCUAAAAGUCGUUCUUGAGUAUAUAUUGUUCUUGGGGAUCUUUCACUUGUGUAUAUGGUGGCUGCUGUAAACAUAAUAAUGAAGCUUCAACACUGUAAUUAAGUAGACUUCGUAUAUAUGCUA